AUGACGUAUUCUUUCUGCUCUUGUUCCCAAGGUCUCGGUCCCCCCGAGCUCUUCAGCGUUCCGGACCAGUUUCUCGAGAAACUGCUGGUGUCGGGCUCAUCACGAGUAGUAGACUGUACAGACACUUGUACAGGAGCUGCGUUCACAGGUACAUGUGUGACAGGGGGUGGGCGUGGCCUUUGUUAUAAAGAUCAAGUAGAACAGAAUGAUCUGCGUUUCCGAAGGACCAGUCAAGCAGCCAUUUUGGCCCAGCUUCCCAGCAGAAAAGCGCUGCAUUCUGAAGCUGGCCUCACCCUAGAACGACGUUUGUCAUGCACGGCGAGAAGAAAGUCGGAACUGUUAUACCGGAGGCACUCGGCAUCACCAUCGGUACUGUGUGAUGAAGAGGAUGAGGAAGAAGAUGAUGAGAGAAUCAUGGCAACCAGACGAAUGUCCAGGUUGAUGAGCAUGACAGGGGGUACUUCUGAAGGGAAAUUGGACCAAUGGGAGAGAAGACAGAGCAUCAAGAGUAUGGUGGCCAAUAUCCAGACCAAACGCAAAUACAGAGACCUGAUUUUGCAAGAACCUGUACAAAGCACUCAUGGCUUGUUAAAGUACCGUAGAAUAAAGGCAUGGGAGAAUUUUAAACAACAAACCAAAAAUGUACUCUACCAAUUAGAAUUGUGGUCUGGGGCAUUUAAAGAAAUAGAAGGUCAUUUUGGGACAUCAGUAAUGACUUACUUCAAAUUCAUGAGAUGGCUGUUGUUUCUGAAUUUUUACAUGAUGGUCAUCAUUUUGUGUCUGACCACAUUGCCUCAUCUACUGCGACUGAAUCACCCCUCCCAUUUCCAUGAGACUGUCCCCGUAAACAUCACCAACUCAUCAGGGUUCCAUGAGGAGGCUGUUAACUGUACAGAAAAGUACAAGGAGUACCUCGGUAAUAUUGUCUCCUCAGAGGGAGGCGUUAACAAGUUCCUGGACGUACUGCAAGGAACAGGCUGGAUGGAAGAUACAGUGAUGUUCUAUGGAAAGUACUUCAACAAGACUUACCAUUAUGCCUUUUCAGAUGGAGAGAAGACAUACAACAUGAGUCUGUCUUAUCUGUUGGCCACUGGUGUAGCAUUUCUGGUCAGCUUCUUCCUUAUUGUCAAAAAUUCAGCCAAAGGAGUGAAGUCUACUGUAAUGGAUGAGGGAGGUGGUCAGGUCAUACAGUUCUGUAACAAGGUGUUUGGAGGAUGGGACUUCUGUAUAUCAGAUAAUAAGGCAGCCAACCAAAAACAUAAGAAUCUGUUACUGGAACUUAGGGGGGACCUAGAAAAUCAAAAAUUGCUGUGGAAGAAGGAGAGCCGAACUAAGCGUGAGCGGGCUAAGCUGUACACUGUAAGGGUCGUAGUGAACAUAUUGGUGCUAGGCUUUCUGAUUGGUUCUUUGUAUCUUAUUUGGUAUUGCAAUGGCCAACUCACAGAGCUGAAGAAACGGGUUGAGCGUGAAUCUCCCAUUUUACAAACCAUGAUCGAGUUCCUGCCUUCAGUGACUAUCACACUUCUCAAUGUCAUUGUACCUAUCAUCUUCAAUAAGUUAGUGCCAUUUGAAGACUACCUGCCAUACUUUGAGAUGCAAAUCACCCUUCUCAGAACUGUGAUUCUGAGACUAGCCUCUCUGUUAGUAUUGUUGGGCUCUUUGUAUCAAAUUGUGGUGGAAAAUAAUGAGGAGUAUAAGAGUGAAUGUGGAAAUCGGCAUUGGGAAUUUAUAAUUCAUAAAAAGAAUUCUUCGAAUGAAUCUGAAAGUGGAGAAAAAGUACCAAUUAAGUGCUGGGAGACCUAUGUGGGACAGCAGAUAUACAAACUUAUUCUCUUGGAUUUCCUUGUUCCUUUCAUACUGACUUUUAUUGUGGAGUAUCCCAGAAGGCUGGUGUACCAAAGGUUUCAGGAAAAUAAGGUGGUAAAUAUGAUUGGACAGCAAGAAUUUGAUCUUCCUAAGGCUGUACUGGACCUUGUAUACACACAGACACUGUGCUGGAUGGGACUGUUUUUCUGCCCUUUAAUUCCAAUGAUGGUAUUUGUCAAGUGCUUCAUCUUCUUUUAUGUUAAAAAGGGAACCGUCCUGAACAACUGUAUCCAGCCGGUACGCCCCUUCAGAACCUCCAAGUCCACCUCCUUAUUCAUCGCGAUUCUCUUCAUCUCCUUCAUCAUUUCUACUGGACCUAUGUCAUACCUGAUAGGAAUGAUUUCUCCAUCCCAGAGUUGUGGGCCUUUCCGAGUGUAUAGUGUAUCUAACUUUGUGUUUUUUGAUACAAUCCGUAAUCUGAUUUCUACAUUCCCCUAUGAGGCCAGGGUAUCCUUUCACUAUGUAGGCACUAUGGCCUUCUUCAUUCCAGCUAUAGUUAUUGUAUGUUUUGUAAUGUAUUUUUACUGUAUGCAAUCCAUUGGUUACAAAAGAAAGGCCAAGUUAUUAAGAGAGCAGCUUAUAAUGGUGAUGCAUUCUUUUGUAAAAAGUCACAAAAUCUAGAGUUAUCUCUCUUGCCCUUGAAAAAAAUGUAAACAAAAGAUGGCUACUAAUAACAUAAGUGGAAGUGGUGAGAAGGGAUGUGAGGAUUUGUGCACUGUGUAUCCUGAAGAAAGAAUACCGCUGAUGUCAGCGGAAGAACGCAAGCUUGCAAAGAGAAGGAGACAUAUUGGAGAUGAUGUCUCAGUUGCCUCAGAUUCUGAAAUUAUAAGCCAUCGUCCUAAGUCUGAUGUUCCCCCUGUAGACAUCCAUAAACUUCGGAAGGAAAGGGAUAAAAAGUAUCAGUCACAACCUUUAGAUUUAAUCAGUGAUUAUCCUUCAGUGGAUGUGGAAAGUUUAAAGAAGGACAGUGUCAAAAAAUCUUCAUCUGCCAGUCCACAGAAUGAUGCCAGUGAAUUAACAGAAGAUAAACUCAGGGAAGAGAGACAAAUAAAAUUCAAAUCUCAGCUGGUGGAAAUGUCUGAUGCCUGGUAUCCAGGAAUGGAGGAUGGAAGGGGGUACCAGCCUAGGGCAGGUCCAAGGGGGGACAGGAUGCAAUAUCAGUCCAUGCCUCCACUGGACAUAGAUGAGGGUUACCAGCCCUCAAGGAGGGAGAAUUCCCCCAGAAGGGAUAGAUACAGACAGUACCAGUCAGGUCCUCCACUUGAUAUGAGGGACGAACCCCCCAUGGAUUAUGAUGGGAGGGAUUUCCCUGAAGGAGGCAGGAGGGGGAAUGUUCCUGGUCCUUCUAGAGAUCAAAGUGAUGGGUAUUACAGAGGGAGAGAUGGACCUAGAAGUGACCAGUUUGGGCCACAAGGAGAUAGACUUAGAGAUGGUGGAAGAAUGUACCAGACUGAUAAUGUAGAUUAUAACAGAAAUGACAUGGAGAAUAACAACAUUAGUGGUAGACCAGCAGUAGAAUUGUCGGAAGUAUUCCCACACAUCAACAGUACGGAUGGGAAGGGAACGUUAAUACGUCAUCGUAGAAAGUCCAGCAGGAAAUCGGGAAUUGGGGAACCAGAUUAUGAUGAUGACGACGAUGACGGCAAAACAUUGCCCAGUCAGAAAGCCAUCCAGAGAAAUCGCACAAAGUCAAUCAAAGAAAGAAGAAUGGAGCUAGAAGAAGAAAAGAAGUCCCAUCCCAGACCAAAGACACUGGCAGAAAAAUACAAUGAACUUAAGAACAAAGGAACCUUAACUGCGGGGGACGUGGCAACCAUAGUCAGGGAGUCAACUCUUACUCGAAUGAAUAAUAUAGCAUCAGGAGCUGAAUCCAAGGAAUGGCAUAAAUUCAAACUGAAAAAGAAAGCAUUUUUAGAUAGAUUUACAAUUUGGGCUGGAACUUUGAAGGAGGUGGAAGGUCAGUAUGGAACAGCUGUGAUGACCUAUUUCCGAUUCAUAAAAUGGCUGAUGUUUUUGAAUAUCUACAUCAUGAUUAUAAUGUUUUGUGUUAUAACUGUGCCCUAUCUGGCUCUGGGUCCAUAUAAUUUUAAUUCAUCCCUUUCUGAUGCUAAUGUAUCUGGAUAUAUGGAGGCCAUUAAUUGUACAACUGAAUAUGAAGUCUACCACAAAAUUCUGAUGGACAACGAAUCUUUGGGACAACAAGUGCUGGAUUUUCUACAAGGCACUGGCUGGAUGGAGAGAAGAGUCUUAUUUUAUGGAGUUUAUUACAAUAAAACUUACACGACCAGUGACAAUGAGGUCUACACCUACCACAUGGGACUGGCCUAUAUGUUGGCAUUUGGAGGAUGUUUUUUGAUUUCCUUUUUCUUAAUUGUUAAAAAUGCUGCUAAGAAUGUAAAAGUGUCUGUGGGUACACAAGAGACAGUAGCUCUUUACUGCAACAAAACUUUUUCCGGAUGGGAUUUCUGCAUCAACAAUAAAAAGGCAGCCAAAGUGAAAAGGAAAAACAUCUUUACAGAUUUAAAGGCUGAAUUGAGUGAUCAGAGAAAGGAAUGGGAGAGAGAGCAUAGAACUACAGGAGAACUAGUUAAGUUGUACCUACUGCGAUUCCUGAUCAACAUUCUGGUUCUAGCUCUGUUAGGGGGAGCCUUGUAUCUCAUUGCAUUUACCACUGAACAGAUGAUAGAGCUACAAAAUCAGAAAGAUCUAUCAGAGAUUUUGGAAUUAGUGGUUCAGUAUGUCCCCUUUGUGACUAUAACUGUGCUCAAUGCUGUACUACCAAUCAUCUUCCAAAAGCUGGUUCAGUUUGAGGACUACAGAUAUGAAUUUGGAUUUAAAUUGACUCUAGCUAGAGCCAUUUUACUGAGAUUAGCCUCCCCCAUAGCCUUGAUAGCAAUUUUAUACAAGGAGUUGAUAGAGAAGCCAGAGGAUAACUCUGUUACAGGAAAAUGUGGGAACAAACAAUGGGAAUCAGAUUCAAGUCGUGGGAGGAUCAUGUGUUGGGAGACCUAUUUUGGACAACAGUUGUAUAAGUUGGUCUUACUGGACUUGAUUGUAGAAACUGGAAUCAUUUUCUUCAUGCAGGUCCCCAGGUGGUUUUUGUUCAAGAACUAUGGCAAUUCCAAUAAAUUGGUGAAAUUGGUUGGACCGCAAGAGUUUGAUUUACCACAGAGUGUGGUAGAUAUCAUUUACACCCAGAGUAUAUGUUGGCUAGGGAUGUUUUUUAGCCCUCUCAUUCCAUUUAUGACAUUCCUCAAGUGUGCUCUCUUCUUUUGGGUCAAAAAGUUUGCCGUUCUCAAGAUAAAUGUUCCCCAGGAACGUCCAUUUAAAACAUCUGGUUCUAACUCUCUGUUUAUGCUGGUGCUGCUCCUGUCUUUUAUAAUAUCUGCUGGCCUGCUGGGAUAUAUGAUUGGAAGCAUUUCCCCUAGCCAGAGUUGUGGCCCUUUCAGAGUGUACAGUACAAACCAGACUGAGGCUGUAAUGUUUGAUGUCAUCUCUAAGACGGUCGCUAGCUGGCCUGCAGAGGCCAAAGAUGUGUUCGAAUUUCUAGGAACUGUGGGAUUCUUUGUACCUGUGGUUGUUUUGCUUGUACUGUUGAUGUAUUAUUACUGGUUACGAGGUCAAGGAUAUAAAAAGACUGAGGAACUUCUACAAAAUCAACUGAAAAUGGAGGGAAGAGAUAAAAAAUACCUGCUGGACAGGGUAAAUGAAGUUGUCAGUCGGAAUUCUGAUCUGAUUACAUGAUCUGGCAUUGUGCUCAACGGCAAACCUCAUGUUUUCAUACUAGAUUCAUAUGAUCAAUUGAAGAACUACAUACGAUAAAGGCAUCCCCAGCUUCAUAAAUGUCAAAUUUUGACAAUCUCUUGAAAUGUACACAAUUGUAUAUGUUGUAUAAAGUAAAUCUGAAUUAUGAAAACGCAUUACUGAUGGAGAAAAAAAAAUUGCAAUGAAUUUAUGUAUUUGACACAUCAAAAACUGAAACAAUUUCUGGCUUUUUUUUUUUUUUUUUUAAUACUGACUGUGUAAUUUUUUUUAUGUCACCUCUAACAUUAGAUAUGAUGGUGAAUGAGCUUUGAAAUCUGCAUAAUUAUUUCUUUCUGGCUUAUAACAUAUUUGUCAUGACUCAGACUUUAUACUAGACAGAUUUUUUUUAACACUAUAUGUAUAAGGAGAAAUAUUUUUUCUGUGUAAAUUGCAAUACUAUAUUGACCAUUUUGUGUUCUUAAUCAUUAGAGUUUUAGCUUUUGUUAAAAAGAAUAAUCGCCAUUGUAUACCUGAGUACUCAAAUUAAUCUCCGUCCCUAACAAUGAAAUCCACAACAUACGUUUAUUUGUGAUGUACAGUUCAAUAUUGAAUAUAUAAAUGUGUAAUGUUUACACAGUAUUAAAUAUAAACAAUUCUGCAAGACAAUCUCAUUUUUAAAAAUUGAAUGUUUACUGUAGCUUAUUACUUUUUAAAACUUUACCAAGAACAUAAAUUGGUGUAGGAUAAUCCGAUAAUGAACGGGUUGUCAUUUCUGAGCCUUUUGUGUCUAUGAUUUGGCUUAAGAUGAUACACUUAUGUCUGGUUUUUGCAUACCAUACAUAUUGCAUUGACUCUUGGGAGUAGGAACCCCCCACCCCUUUUCCUUGUUUUUGUGGUUAACACUCCUUUUCCCCAAUUUUUUUUUUUGUGGGAAAAAAGGUACCCCUGAUUUAAAAAGAAGAAAAUGUAAGGGGCAGCCCCCAAGUGCCUAUGAUAUGUUGUAGUAGGAUUUGUUGAGGUGGAAUGGUUUAAAUAUCGAGAAAGGGGGGGGGGGGCUGACUCUAAACAUGCAGUCUUACAUCACAGAACUAAAACAUUGAAAUUAUUAACCUAUACAUGUCUUGAGAAGCUAGAACUAUUAUAAAAAAAAAAAAUAUAUUUGAAAGCAUAGCUACUUAGGACCUAUAAACAAAUACUUUGUAAUGCUAUGUAUAUAAAUUGCACCAGCAUUACUGUAUUGUGAUAUUCAAUACAGAGUUUAGUUGAUGAUUCAACAUACAAAUCUUUAUCUAAGAUGGUACUGGUAUAAAAACAUAUACUGAGAGAUUACUACUUACCAAUUUUUAUCAAUUUUAUUUUCAGCAUUGUAUUAACGAUUGUUGUACUGUCUUUGAAAUGUGCCUUUCACAUGGCUACAUGUGUCUCUCAUUGUCUUGAAAUUGUCAAUGUCUUCCAAUGUUAUAUUGUUACAUUACUCAUAGAAACCAUAAACAGUGUUAUAUAUUGAAGAGUGAAAACGAAUGGUUAAUAUAAAGAAAA